UAAGUUCUUAAUUGGUCUCGUCAAAUAUUAAUCUAAGCUACCUGUUAAAAAUGUACACCCGGGAUCCCUAGUGAUGUUACUUAGUAACACACCUAACAACGUGAAAAAGGGUAAUUGUUAUUCGACCUCUGGUUAGGACUGACGUGCUUCUCACUGCUGUUCCGGAGGACACUACAUUUUGGCGACGAGGUGAAAAAUGGCAAAUUCAUUGGAUAUGAUUCGAGCCAUGGGCUUACAACUACAAACGUUCGAUUAUACGUCUUUCGCGGACGAUGUUGGCAUUGAGUGGCAAAGAUGGUUGAGAGCAUUCGAAACCAUGAUGCGGGCCAGUCGCAUAGAUGACGAUGACUGGAAGAAGGAUCUUUUGCUACAUUAUGCUGGAUCAAGUGUACAGCAAUUGUAUGAAACUUUGCCGGAACUUCCUGGAAAAGAGAUGCGAGGACCGUUAAUGUACGUGGAGCAUUAUACACCAAACCUGACCAGUUACGAUGAAGCGAAGGUUAAGCUGAAUGAGUUUUUCUUGCCGAAAGAAAAUUCAAUGUAUGAGCGACAUUUAUUCCGACAAAUGAAGCAAAAAUCUGGAGAAAACAUUGACGCUUUCACCAUCCGUCUACGAGUACAAGCAGAACGAUGUUGUUUUGGCGAUAAAUGCGAUGAAAAUAUAAAAGAUCAAAUUGUUCAGAAUUGUAAUUCACCUGCUCUACGUCGGGAUAUACUGAAACGUGGCGAUGUCAGUCUCGAAGAAGUUUUAAGCACAGCAAAAGUUUUCGAAACUGUUGCCCUGCAAGAAAAGUCAUUCACACAUGGAGAUAGACUUACAUCGCAAUUAAUCGACGUCAACAAGAUCAACAUGGUUCCAUUUGGUGAAAAGGUUGCUGAACCAAGAAAUAUCGAAUGUUUUCGCUGUGGAUUUUUUGGACAUUUUGCGAGAGAUGACAAAUGUCCUGCUAGAGGAAAAUUUUGCAAGAAGUGCGGUAUUAAAGAUCAUUUUGCUAAAAAGUGUCGUCGCACGCAAAUGAUGUUUAAAUCCAGAAGAAAUGACCACCAGCAUGAACGUGAUGGAAAGAAAAAAUUUCGUCAUAGUAACUCGGAAACGAUUAGAAAAACAAGUUCACAUUCAGUGAAACAUGUAGUUGACGAAACGGUUGAUACUGGAUCGGAAUAUAUUUUCAACGUGACAUCAAGCGACAGUGACUGUGAACUGCAGUGCCAAAUUGGUGGAGUGUUGGUGUCUGCGGUUAUUGACUCUGGCUCAAAAUAUAAUAUAUUGAGCCAAGCGAACUGGGAACAUCUUAAAGGAAAAAAGGUGAAUGUAUCGAAUCAACGUCGUGAAACCAGUUUGAUGUUGAAGGCAUAUGGUGGACAGUCCCUUCGUUUGAUUGGUGCUUUUACUGCAGUUCUCAAGGUUGGAGAUGCUUCCAAACUGGUGGACUUUUAUGUGGUUGAUGGUAACGGCAAGAUUUUGAUAGGUCGUGAUACAGCAACAUCUAUGGGUGUCUUGCAAAUCACUAUUCCAGUGAAUAAGAUAGAAGCCAACAAAAGCAAGCUGGGAACAAUUAAAGAUGUCGUUUUGGAUAUUCCAAUUAAAGAUGAUAUCGCACCAGUUGUGCAACCUUAUCGCCGCAUUCCAGUCCCAUUGGAAAAAUUGGUUGAUAAAAAGCUGAACGAGCUAUUAGAGAAAGGUGUAAUUGAGCAGGUAAAUAAACCUUCAAGAUGGGUAUCUCCAAUGGUCAUAGUACCUAAAGGCGAUGGUAGCGAUGUGCGCAUUUGUGUCGAUAUGCGCCGUGCAAAUGAAGCUAUUGAUCGAGAAAACCAUCCACUUCCUACGAUCGACGAUUUUCUACCCCAUCUUGCAAAAGCAAAAGUAUUUUCUCACUUAGAUGUUGAGUGUGCUUUCCAUCAGGUACGUUGAAUUGUUUCCUAGAAAGAAAGAUGUAUUUGUUGAAUUUGAAUGAAAUUUUAUGUAAUUUUGCUUAUGAUGAAUCACCAGUUAUUGAAUAAAACUGAAAU